AUGGGCACCGCAUGGGUUUUGUUCUGGUUAUGCUUCUUCACUGGACAAUACAUCCGGUUGUUAAAAUGCUACAGAAGACAAUGUGAUAAUGCUUUAACAUCAGGUCGUACAUUUCGUUUGUCGGAUUCCAACGUACUUCGGUACACUGUGAAGGUCCCAUUGGAGUGUGAUAUUCGUUCAGUACGUCUUAUCGGUACUAACGGUUCAGACCGUAGUUUCUAUCACAUUGUGGUUGAUCAUAAGGGCCAAUACAAUUUUGUGCCUGGUCAAUAUUGUGGCAUAUUGCCACCAGGUAUAUCGGAGCGUACUAAGAGACCUCAUCUCCCUCGAUCAUAUUCUCUUGCGCCUGUUUUAGAAGAGGACGGUGUGGAUCCAUCAACAUGUUUUUCUAUCGGUUUACGGGCCCCAAUAAUUACUCCAGACAAUGUUGAGUCGUUUCGUGAUAGUUGGAUUUGUUCUAGAUUUUUAUCUGGUGCUUCAUCUGGUACCCCUGUGCGUAUAACCGGUCCAUUUGGCAAGUUUAUGUUGUCUGCUGAUGACCUGGAAGGUAAGCACAAUUUGCUUUUUGUUGCUACUGGUACUGGUAUCGCACCAUACCUGGGUUUUUUGAAAUCUAUUUUGGAAUCUUCUUCUUCUUCUGGCAGUGUUACGGACGUCGGUCGUAUUUUGUUGUUUUUUGGUAUUCAGUCGCCUUCUACGUAUAUAUAUCGGACGGUAUUAGAGGAUUAUGUGUCGAAAUUUAACGGUCGUUUGACUGUCGUACCUUGUUAUUCUCGUUAUGGCAGCGAAUCAGAACGUGGUUAUGUCCAGGACAUGAUUUUACGUCAGCGUGAUCUGGUGAAUUCCAUGUGUUUCUCUGGAGGUCGUGAGUGCAGUAUAUUUAUUUGCGGCUGUAAAUCCAUGGAUAAGGCGGUAUGCGAGUCGCUUCGUACGGUUUUCUCUGAAAACCCUGACCGCGAUGCGAUAUUGAGUCGCGCAAAGGUCGAAGUUUACGACUGA